AUGGCAGCUGCAUUCCGGGAAUUACUGAGUCUCUACCUGCUGCCAGAGGAUAAAAUCGCCAAAAGAUUUCAACAGAUCGAAGCGGCAGCAAAUGGUCUCAUGCUGAGAUUUUGCAACUAUAUCGACACCACAUACAUAAAAAGCACCGUUUGGCCACCACAAAAUUGGAGCAUGUUCAAUCAGCAUGAACGUACCAACAACAACGUCGAGGGGACUCACAACAACCUGAAAGCUGUUGCUGGGCCUUCAUCUAUCAGUCUCGUCACUUUCAUUCUCAAGAUGAAAGACGAGGCUGAGAAAAUACCAAUGACGGCCAAGCUCCUUUCCCAAGAACAGGCCCUGAGACGGUUGAACAAAAACGCAGAGUCGAAGCAGCACCACCUGACGGAACUGUGGGCUUCCUAUAGCCGGGCCGAUAAUCCCAUUUCAUCUAAAGAACUGUUGGAGGCGCUUGGAAAUCUCACGCAUAAGUUCUCCAGGGCCCAACUAAGAGAACUCCGGAAUGCCAAUGGUCUUGACGAGUCUGAUUAAGACUAUUUUUUUCUCUACCUACUUUAUCUCAUUUUAUUUCUACAUUCAUUUUAUAAGCUGGUUGUGCUACGAGCCAGCAAUUUCGAUACAGCUUCAUGUCUGUAUCUAUUCUGAUCAGCAUUUAGCGGAAUCCCAAUUACUGUGUUCUUUUUUCAUCGAUUCCAGCUCCCUUUAUGUAAUGUAAAUAAUUCGAUUACGCAUAGUAGGUAUUCAACUCAUCUUUUUAUUUCCAAUUAAAAAAUAGGCCCGUGUGUCGUCUUUUUUUAGGCCCGUGUGUCGCAUGAAAAAAAAAGAGGGCCCGUAUGUCGGGGCCCGUAUAGCGGGGCCCGUAUGUCGC